AUGCCUCCCAAAACUUCCAAAUAUCCAGCUCCUCAGAAAGUAACAUAUACAUCAAAAGACAUACCCAUUCCAGAUUCGUUUCUGUCCUCCCCUUCUACAACGCCGAUUACAAGUACUCACAUCGACUUUGCAAACUCUCCUCUUCCGCAAUAUGACGGGCACACCGCUAUCGUUCUAGACAACGUUCUCUCACCCGAGGAAUGCAAAGAACUUCUUUCCCUAGCUGAACAGUCCGUGGAGGGCGAUGAAGCGUGGCAACCCGCUUUGGUAAGUGGUGGAAAUGGCUACGAGGCUCGUGCGCCGGGUUAUCGUGAGAGUGAUCGUAUAAUCUGGGAUCAACAAACCAUUGUCGAUCGGCUUUGGGAACGAUGUCUCGAAGCAGAUGGGUUAAGAGAUCUUUUGGCUGUCGCUCCACAUGAAACUUGGAUGAAAGGUGGGAAAUGGGUGUUUAGCCGGUUGAACGAUAGGAUGCGAUUCCUAAAGUAUUCGCCUGGACAGUUCUUCAAGCCGCACUGCGAUGGUGCUUAUUACUACACCGAAGGUCCAGGAAAGGAAUUCGAGACAUUCUACACUCUCCAUCUCUAUCUCAACGACUCCGUCGAGAACGAUCCUACAUCAGACCUUCAAGGCGGCGCAACAUCCUUCCUCGACAGAAAAGGCGAGAAAAGGGUCGAUGUAAACCCCAAAGCCGGCAGCGUUCUCAUCUUCCAACACAAGGGACUCUUCCAUGAAGGAGCAUUAGUGAAAAAGGGAAUCAAGUACACCAUGAGAACAGAUAUUCUGUACGAAUGGAUCCCUGAUAAAGAUGCGGAAGAAAAACCAGAGACAAAGGCACCAUGGUGGGAAUAA